AGCAAUAAACAAAAUGUUACGAACGAAAGUGGCGAGUACCGGAUGGCAACGAUUUGGCCGUCAAAUCCUGCAUAUUACCUUUCGAACCCAUCUGCUGAUCUCCGCUCUAAUUCGUCUUGUUCUGAUCUGCUACGGACAAAUACACGACAGUAAGUCUGCGGUGCCCUACACGGACAUCGACUACAAAGUGGUCACUGAUGGAGCCCGUCAAGUGCUGGCGGGAGACACUCCGUUUGCGAGGCACACCUAUCGUUACAGCCCUAUAAUGGCAUAUCUUCAGACACUAAACAUAUUGGUACACCCGGCGUGCGGAAAACUACUCUACGCGACUUUCGAUUUACUCAUUGCUACUCUUAUUUAUCACCUGGUGCACAUGGAGAUCAAGAGUCAGUACCAGAAGACCGUGCAGCAUCUGCUCAGCAAGUUCAACAGACCCCAUGAACCAGACCAGUCCCUCGAUGCGCUGGAUGAACGAAGUCACCCAGAAAACAUCGCUCGCGUCUCCGCAUGCUGCUGGCUCUACAAUCCGCUGACGGCAGUAAUAUCCACACGCGGGAGCGGAGACUGCUUUUCAAGCUUUUUUGUGAUCCUGACCAUCUAUCUGCUGAUUCGAUCGGAACACAAAUCGUCGCAAAAGCAUUGGCUCAUUUUUGCCGCCGGACUGUCGCACGGACUAGUUAUCCAUUUACGACUAUACCCUUUGCUAUUUAGUCUGGCCUACUAUCUGUCUUUGUCAUCACGUCUAACGCGAACGCCUUUCGAUUUCCUGCGCCAAAUCAUGCGCCCCAACAAGCAACAGUUCUGCCUGGUCCUAGGCACACUUCUCAGUCUAGUGGCCUUCACGUGGACUUUCUAUUCACUCUAUGGCUGGCAAUACAUCUACGAAGCCUACCUCUACCACUUUGUGCGCAAGGACCCACGUCACAACUUCUCACUGCAGUUCUUGCUUCAAUAUCUGGGCAGCGCGGCGACAGUUGAGGAAUCUGCGUUGCUGACGAAGCUACUGGUAGUAGCUCCGCAGUUUUGCCUCAUUCUCUACCUGAGCUUGAGCUUUGGCCAGUUUCGUCAGACGCUGCCGUUUUGCAUCUUCACCGUGGCCUUUGUAAUCGUUACCUACAACUCCGUGGUGACCUCACAAUACUUCAUCUGGUACUUGGCGAUCCUGCCCCUAUGCCUGAACAACUUCAAACUCCUGUCGUGGAGCCGAUCCAUAUUCCUGUUGGUCCUUUGGCUGCUGGCCCAGGCUCUGUGGCUGCUCCCCGCGUAUCUGCUGGAGUUCAAAACCUGGAACAGCUUCAACUGGAUUGGACUGCAGGGCGCAGUGUUUUUUGUAACAAACGGAUACAUACUAGAACAGCUACUGAGCCACUAUGGGUUCACACAAUUUAAGAUUAGUUAUAGGAAGUUGCUUUAACCAAGAAAUAGCCCAUACUACAAGUAUGUUUAAAGAGGAGUUUUAAUAAAAAUGUAAAAAACAA